CAGAAUUUCCGGGUCACUGUUUCAUGUCUCUGCAUUUGAUAUGAAAUUUAAGCCAGAUUUAUAUCAUAUUGACUUAUUUUUGACAAAAUGAUGCUCCGAAGUGUUCAAGCUCGGUCACCAUUUGUUUUGUUUUGCAGUAAAGUGAACACAGACAGCAGCAUACAUCAUAUAACUUCAGUAUGUAGACAUCAUCUCAGCAAAAAUACAUUUUCAAAGUUGCAUCCGACAAGAAGGGAUAUAAGCUCUCUCACGAGGAGACCCAGCCAACUCUUCCAACGUGUUCAGUCCAGCAAAAUAUCCAAUGUCAGAACUUUGAGCUCAAAAAAGGAUGGGGACAAAGAAGAGGUCUCUGCUGCCACCAGCGGCAACGAAAAGCCAUUUGUGGUGACGACCAAGAAGAGCAAGAAGGAUAUUGCGGAACCGGUGGUGAAGGCCUCUGUGUCUGCUUCGGGAGAACCAGAUCCGCCGUCUGAAUCGAAAGAGGGCAAGUCUCCUGCAGCUGAACGUCUUGCAAACCUGACCAAGGCUAUUGCAUCCUACAAGGAGAGAAGAAGGAAAGUUGAUUACACCAAGAAGUACACAGAUAACAACACAAUCACGGCAGUCAGAGCUAUGAGUGACUACUUACUGAAAUCAAGUGAUCUGGAGCAGCUUAGGAAGACGGUCAGGAGAAGUCCGUACGAUCAGGAAUCAAGUGAAAGGAACAUGAUGGUCUAUCUAAGAUCUGAUGUAGAACAGAAGGCUAUUGAGAUUUGGGGAAGCAUGGAUGCACUUGAAAUGGAGAAGAAGAAGAGGAGAGAAAGAGAUGCUGUAUAUAAAGAGCAUUUGUUUCUGCUCAAGAGGGCAAUGAGGGAAUAUGACUCUUUCUUUGGUCCUAAAGAGCCAACACCAUCAAUCUUUGAGGGUGCUGGUCAGGUUGUGCUGUCUGCAAUAGCCAUCAACACAGGUAACUUUGUGUUCAAGCUGAUGGCAUGGCUCUACUCUGGUUCAUCCAGCAUGUUCUCAGAGGCCAUCCACUCGUUAGCGGACGUGUGUAAUCAGUGCAUUCUUGCCCUCGGUAUCUACCAGUCCUUCAAGAAACCAUCAAGGAAUCAUCCGUACGGGUUCAGCAACAUGCGUCACAUCUCAUCCCUGAUUAGCGGUGUGGGUAUCUUCUGUGUGGGAGCUGGUCUCUCAUUCUAUCACGGUAUCACAGGGUUGCUUCAUCCUGAGCCUGUGCAAUCGCUCUUCUGGUCCUACUGUAUACUGGGAGGGGCUCUGCUUACAGAAGGAGCAACUCUGUCCAUUGCAAUCAAUGCUAUCAGGAAAGGCUCUACUGCCAGAAAGAUGAAGUUUUGGGAUUAUGUGUGGAGGGCUAGAGACCCCAGUGUCAAUGUGGUAUUUAUGGAAGACACUGCUGCUGUUAUUGGUGUGAUCAUCGCUGGUAGCUGUAUGGGGCUCACCUCGAUCACAGGGAACCCCAUGUAUGACUCGAUUGGAGCCUUAGGAGUUGGGACUCUACUAGGAGCCGUGUCUGGUUUCCUCAUCUAUACAAACACCAUGGCCCUGACUGGACGGUCCAUCCCGGAUGAUCAGCUGCUCAAACUCAGCGAGGUCAUGGAGAAUGAUGUCAUGAUUAGAGGUGUAUACGAUGUAAAGGCUACAGACAUGGGCGUAAAUACGAUACGCUUCAAGGCAGAGCUGGACAUCGACGGUGCUGAACUCACAAGAUCGUACCUUGAUACUCAGGACCUGGAAGUCAUUCUUAAGGAGAUUCAGAGCUUUAAGAACUUAGAGGAAGUGGAAUAUUUCAUGCUGAAACACGGAGAGAGGAUCAUUGACCAGCUGGGUGCAGAGGUGGACAGGAUAGAAAAACUCAUCAAGGCAACGGAUCCAGAGGUACGGCAUGUGGACCUUGAAAUUCUCUAAGGUCACAUCUCUUUGGGAUGUCUCUUAUCCUUCAUUGCAUCCAAGAGUGCUGACCGGUGGAUCUACUUGUUUCGUUUGACCAAGGUGUUCCAGCAGUUGUCAGAGACCAAAUGCCAUGUUUCUCGUUCUUCAUUGCAUCCAAGAGCUUUGACCGAUGAAUCUACUUGUUUCGUUUGACGAAGGAAUCUUUAGGUUUUCAAGGAGUCGUCAAAGACCAAAUGCCAUGUUUCUUGUUCUUCAUUGCAUCCAAGAGCUUCGACCGAUAGAUCAACUUGCUUCGUUUGACCUAAGAGUCUUGAGGUGUUCCAGCAGUCGUCAAAGACCACAUGUCAUUAAGUUAACGUCUUUUUCUGCUACAGGUUGAAUCUUCGGCUGCCACAUUGUCUGUGAGUGCAUGUCACAGAUACAUUGUACAUGUAAUAGAAGUAGACGAUGGCAGUCCAAUGAUUGUUCCGGUAGUCGACCGAAGCGGAUAAAGAUAAGGCCCGAGAUAACAUGGGAUGAAGCCACACAGGAUGUGCAUGUUAAGUAAAUAUGAAAGGGUUGUGGUCUGAUCAGGAAAGGUGAAGCUGAUUGGGUUUAGUGUUAAGUAAUAAAGAGAACAUUGAUGGAUAAGAUAGAGAACUACGAUCGACGAGAACGUUGUCCCUCAGAAAUACACACACCAAGACCUGUGCUCACAGAGGCUACCAGUUACCAGGCAGAGUUACCUUUUUCAGAAUAGGAUAUACCAAAGGCAAGACCUGGGGGAAGUUUCACAAAACUUAUCAUCAGUGACAAAUGACAGUUUUUGUUUUAAGCUACUGAAAUCCUUGCUUCUGAUUGGUUAUCAGCAGAUUUAUCACUGAUAUUUGUCAUUUGUCUUUGAAAGAAGGCUUUGUGAAAUGGGUCCCUGGCUUAAUUGUCAUGUUUGGAGUAGGAUGCUGACUGACUUUUUCAAGUUUGAGAAGUUGAAAUGUUGUGGCACAGAUCUUUGGUUGCUGGAGACUUUCUAUUGUGCCAUGUGGGAGUUUGUUGUGCAAGCCAUAAACACAUUUUUCUUACUCUUAGGUAUCAGCAUUAUAUGGAGCCUCAUAUACCGCGAGUGUGAGUCUUUUGACAUUUCCCUCUGUUCA